CCCGGGGACACCCCCGGAUUUAUCGCGACAGCGGCGACAGCGGCGACAUGGCCGGGCUGGGGCUGGGAGCGGGGCUGCGGCUGCUGCGGCGGAUCCCGCCCGGAAUUGGGGCGCCCCGGCUGCAGAGCACGCACGAGGCACAGGCUGUGCUCCCCAAAACCGGGACCCCCACGGCCACUGCAGCCCCCCAAAAAACCCGGAGCAGCCUCGAGGAAUCCAAAUCUUUCGCCGUGGGGAUGUUUUUGGGGCGCCUGAACGUGGAGCAGGUGUUCCCUUAUCCCUCAGUCCUGACCGAAGAAGAAGAACAAACCCUACAGGAACUCGUGACUCCCCUCAGCCGCUUCUUUAAGGAAGUGAACAACCCCGCCAAAAACGACGCCCUGGAGAAGGUGGAGGACGAGACCAUGAAAGGGUUAAAGGAGUUGGGGGCGUUCGGGCUCCAGGUGCCCCCAGAAUUUGGGGGUUUGGGUCUCAACAACACCCAGGAUUCCCCAAAUUCCCUCCAAAUCUUCUCAAAUCUCUUCCCAGUAACUCCCAGUUACUCCCAGUAA